AUGUAUUUGGACAAGUAUAUUUUAUCCAAGUAUUAUUAUUAUUAUUCCUUGUGUCCCAACUUUGUUUCAACAAAAAAGGAAUGCAAAAAGAAAGGAAAAUACCGUUUUCAUAAAAGAUUUCGAUGUUAAAUUAGAUCGAGAUAUCAUGCAUAUUAUCUUUAUCUUUUCAAGGAUAGAAAAUAAUUGAAAUAACGAAGCACAAUCAAGAAUCGUGCAAACAACGACCAAAUGAUGUUUUCAAUAUCAUGUAUAUAUUACAAUAUCACAUUCAGUGUCAUAUCUUAUGGUAUUUAAAUUCAUUAAAAUCAUUAUUUUACGAUAUUUAAAUAUUUUCUGUGAAAUACGUGAAGUUAUGCAUUUUCCUAAAUACCCACGGUGUCAAUCGGAAUUCUCAAUUUUUAGGUUAGGACCUCAAUUUAACAUUAUCGCCAAUGAUUUUAAAAUGAUCAUUCAAUAAUUAUCAAAAGUUUGCAAGAAUUCGAUUGUAAAUUUUCUUUUCUCUUUUUUCUUUUUUUAAGCAAAACUUUCAGUUUCAAGGAUGCAAAGGAAGCACGACUUGCCGGAAUCGGAAGAUACACAAAAUGGCCACCAGUGUUCGCGAAAUGCAAAAUAGAGAUCACGUUCCGACAUAACGCAAUAAUCUCUGGUAGAAACUCAUCGUCUAUCUCACUGGAGUAUCUUUGUAUCUCACGUACUUGAAGAAUUCGGAUCCAAGUUUUUCACUUGGGAACUAGCGCAACCUCGUUGUUCGCAGAUGAUCGAGGAAGAGCGAGGAUGUCAUACCGCAAACAACGGAUGUGUAAAGACAUACGAUAUUCGUAAUCACCUGUCAGCCACAUUAUCGUCCGGCUGGUGUCGCAAUUACCAAACUGAAGUCUCGGUAACGUCGAUACCGUUCCCGUCAGUGUCCGAUUUCCUGUUAUUCGUAGCCACCGUUUCCCCUGACACUGCGUGACACCGGCGCGAUGAUAUCCGACGCGAGCAUAAGUUUGCCCAUGCACGAUCUUGUCCGCGUAAAUUUAGUUACACAUCGAUCGAGCGUAUCGAUUGAAUGCCACGGAUUGUUACGGAGCCACAACGAUUUUACAACAUUUGCACGAUGAACAUACUCGCUAACUAAUUGUAGCGAGAAACGACAAUUUACAGGUUGUAAGUACGUUCUUUUAGAACUUCGGGAUUUUAGGACUUCAAGAUUUGAGGAUUUUAGGGGUGUAGGAUUUUAGAAUUGUAGCAGUUCUAGAUACUUUCAAAUUUUAGAAAUUUAGAAUUCCAGAACUUUAGAAUUCCAGAAUUUUUAGAAUUCUAAGAUUUUAGUGUCUUGAAAUUUGGAAUUUUAAAAUUUUACGCCAACUUUAGAAUUCCAGAAUUUUUAGAAUUCUAA